AUGCUCGCGGUGAGCAUCCUCUCUGCCGAGCUCCGCUCCGCCUCAGAGGCUAGGCAGAAGCUGACUACGGCCCUGGCCGCGCCGGAGCCAGUGCGGGCGUUCGACCUCGCCGUCCUGGUCGCGGCUGAGGAGCGGCACGAGGAGGAUGUCGGCGAGAUAAGAGAGAGUAUUGACCAGAGCAUCGCCGAGCUCGCGGAGCGAUCGUCGACGCGUGUGCGCCUCGCUGAGCUCGUCGGCAGCGCUGCGGACGAGCAUGCAGUCGCUGCGGCGGUCGGCGCAACGCUCUUUGGCUCUGGUGCGCCCGACGACGACGGAUCUGCCUUCUUCGCCGGCUCGAGCGAGGCCGAUUACUACGAUCCGGCCAACUCAUUUGUCGACGCGGUGCUGCAGCGGAGGGUCGGCAUCCCCAUCUCGCUGGGACUCGUCUACUGCGAGUGCUGUGAGAGGCUCGGGCUACCGAUGGUGGGCCUGAAUGCGCCGGCGCACCUGCUGGUAGCGCCCGCGGACCGCAGCUUGGGCUUUGUGGUUGAUGCGUUUGGAGGCGGCUCGAUCCUUGACGCGGACGGCGCGGCGGAGCUGGUGGCGCGCAACGCGGGCAUGACCUUCGACUACGCGCUCGGCGGGCGCACUGUCGACGGCGGCCUCCAGCGCGGCCGGAUCCUGCUGCGCAGCCUGCGGCAGCGGCCGAUGACGCCGGCGAUGUGGUGCAGCAGGAUGCUGCGCAACCUGCUCGCGGUUCACGCGGCGGCGGGCGACGUCGUGCGCACGCUCGGCGCGACCGAGCGGCUGCGGAUCGUGGGGGAGGCGCACCCGUCGGCCACAAGCCCGCGCGAGCAGCGCGAGUGCGCGGUGCAGCUCGCCGCGUGCUUGCGCACACUCCGCUGGGAGGCGCGGCGGGAAGAGGCGGCCGCGCUCCUCGCCGAGGCGCUUCAGGGCGCUGCGGGCGGAGAGUGGGCGGCCCGAGCGGCGGCGGGCGGCGGGGAGGGAGACCGCGCCUCGCUGCUCGCGGCGCGGCUGCUGGAGGAUGACCAGGAGGGGUUCUUCGCGAUGGGCAAGGGUGCGUAGAGUUCAUUCAAGUCGCGGCGGACGCAUCUUCGUUCGCGGAUUUUGUGUGCGAGAUCGAGAGAGAUUCCACAGACGCACUAUCCACACAUAAAACGCAGGUACAUCUCGC